CCAAUUUCCCACAGAGAUCCUAUAGUAUGUCGUGAUAUCGUGUCCAUUAACCACCACCGUCUUUGUAUACAAAUAGCAUCACGUGAUCUUAGCAAAAUAAACAAACACACCAACCUAAGGCAGCGUUUCCCCAUCCCAUAACAAUGUCGCAACUCUCCGCAUUCCCAACUUAAUCUCUUGCCCGCAAGACUAGUAUCCAAAAUGGACACUACAGAACCCCCAAAAAACAUGGAGGAGGAGCUGGACUCCGAAAUAGCCAAUAUCCGCGCCGAAAUCCGCAAUCUACAACGCAAGCGCCGUUUCUUAGCCUCCAGUCUACUCUCUUCGGAUAGCUUCCAGAAACGUCUCCGAGAAUAUCAAUCUUCAAGACCUUCUUCACCCUUAGACGCAGAAGUGUCCCCGUUGGUCCGCGCGGCAGGUAAACACGCCGAAGUGAACCACCACCGAGUCGCAUUCUCAGCGACGACCUUCCCGUUCAAAGACCCGUCCCCGAAUAGUGAGAAUCUGAAUUUACUAGGUGUGCGGAUUGACGUCUGCACGAGUAAUGGUCGCUUUACGAAACCGUAUUAUGUUUUGUUGAAACGAGUGCGCGGGGAGGAGAAGAGGUUGCGAGUCCAUCGGCAUACCAUUCCGGCAUUCAUCUCGGUGGAGAAGCUCGAACGAGCGUUUUUGCCUGUACCUGUCGCCCGUGAGGAGGAAGCGGAGGAGAACUUGAAGUCGUGGAAGAGGAAUGCAAAUAGGCAGGACUUGCCGAGGUUCGUUCGGGAAUUGAGACGGCAAUUAGCUGCGUGGCAUUUGAGGAUGGAUGCUGUGAAUUAUCUAAGAGGCAAACUCGGUGUCCAGCGGCGUGGUAUUGAAGCUUAUAACGACGAUGAUGACGGCGUUUGGGUGCGAGAUAUUUUAGCAAAUAACCAGGAGGAAAUCCGGCUGGAGACGAAUGACCUCGGCAUUGUAUCUCUUUCUCCCACCGCGCUCGAUGCGACUUAUGUUCGGCUUGAAUGGGAGGAUGGACGGGUGGGACGAUUCAAAAUUUCCGAUAAUGGGGCCGUGGAGCGUGCGGUAGUCAUCGGCGAUGAUGGACGAGACAAGUUGCUCGAAGCUGUUUUGACCGGCGGGAAUGGUCGAGUAGAGGCGGUGUUGGACAGAUUGAAGCAGCAUUUGGUUCCCAAAGGAUAAGCUUGGGCUGGUCCCAAUCUGAAUCUAAGAGCAAGCAUAUACCCAAGGU